AUGAACAUUCAAAAUCAUUAUCACAAGAGACGAGCGCUUGAUGCCCUCGAAGAACAGGAUGCCGAUAGAAAGCAGCUAAUACGGUUGGCAGUGAUGCACGUGAUUGGGUUGUCCCAGAGGAAGACCGGUUCAGCACCCGUUCCCUCUGGGACUUCUGAGGACCUCAACCAAAAGUGCUUGAACUAUGAGUUAUCAAUAAACAAGUUAAAACAAGAAUGGAAUACCAAGGAUAAGAUUAAUGAGGCCACAAUCGACAAGCUCAAGCAGGAGAUCGCAAAGUUGAAGCAACAACUCAAACGCCCCGGCUCUUCUCAAGGCUCAUCCAAUUUGUUCUACAAUACCAAACAUCCUCAACUCAAACCCCAAACCAGUCUAUCGUAUUCAACCUCCCCAUACUUGAGCAGGGCUUUAGACACCAAGAGCUUUCUCAGCCCGACCCUUAACUCGCUUAAUAAGACCACCGUGAGAAACCCGUUGCUCGUGUCUCCUAUCCAAAAUACCGAACGAAGAGGUAAGUACAUGACUUCAAACACAAUGAAACAACUUCAGGUACCAAAGCGACAAACCAAGCCCACCCGCAGCAUUCUCGAGACUCCAACAAAGGGACUAUAUGAUCCACCACUGCCCAACAAGUCUCCAUCCCGGAUGUCAUUUGUGGAGAAUUUCGAUAAAUCAGACUCUAGUAAUGACGAAUCUGGGUAUGGAACGUUGUUCAACGGCAAAGUCAAGCUUAGUACCACGCUGCUGCGUAAAGUACUGAAUAACGAAGGGAAAGAGAACAUUCUUAUGGAAGAAAAAGAAGGCCCCGAUGCCAACUCUACCUCUAUAAUGGGUGACGAUAGCGAGAAUAUCACAGUGAUCACCGCCAACUCCAACGUGGAUAGCUCCAACAAUGCAUCCGAAGACGAAGAAUAUGCUAGUGCCAACUCAACUGUAGCUGGUGCCUCUAAUACAUCUGGAAAGCGCAAACAGUCAAAAAGACUAAAUUUUGCUGAAAGUCGAACUCAAAGUCUCAGUCAAGGCUUGAAUCUAGAUCAGGAUGGAGCCAACUCUCUCGACUACUACAAAGAAGGUAAUUUCGCCGAAGGUGCAGAUGAAUCGCCCAACUUCAAGACGAAAGCUUCUACCAGCACCACCACCACCUUCGAAAAAAAGAAGAGACGGGUGUUCAAGAUCACUUAA